UUCCGGAAGUUCAUAAGAAUACUUUCAUGAUGUGCACGUGGUGUUACUACAGACUCGUUUAAUAUCGCAGAUCUUUUUAGAGGUACGUGGAUAUAUAUAUAUAUAUACAUUUGUCAAUUUGAAUUGAUUUAAAAAUAUGGAAAAACCCGUGGAAGCUCAUGCUGAGGUUGACUCUGUUGAGGUGAACUCAAGAAAACGGAAAAAACCUCUAGACAGCGAUGUUGAAAUGAAAGAUUGCACCACUAACGAAGAUUCGGUAGAUAUAUCACCGCCAAAGAAACCACAGUAUCCUCCGAUAUCAGCAGCUUCCGCAACUGGUAAAUCGGAAAGGCGUAAAAUUCCAGUUCCCGCACAUAGAUAUACACCUCUUAAGGAAAACUGGUUGAAAAUUUACACUCCUGUAGUUGAACAACUGAAAUUACAAGUACGAUUCAAUAUAAAGACGAGAAAUGUAGAACUGCGUACUUGUAAAAGCACCACAGAAAUUGGAGCACUACAGAGAGGAGCGGAUUUCGUACGUGCGUUUACUCUCGGUUUCGACAUCGACGAUUCUUUAGCCUUACUUCGUCUGGAAGAACUUUAUUUGGAAACGUUCGAUGUUACCGACGUGAAACCUUUGAAAGGAGAUCACUUAGGUCGUGCUGUUGGUCGGCUGGCUGGCCGGAACGGCAAAACUAAAUUUACCAUCGAGAAUGUUACCAAGACGAGGAUUGUUUUAGCUGAUACGAAAAUUCAUUUGUUAGGUUCUUUUCAGAAUAUCAAAACUGCACGAAGAGCUAUUUGUAAUUUGAUUUUGGGUAGUCCACCCUCAAAAAUAUACGGUAAGUUACGCACUAUAGCGUCACGAACAUCUGAAAGUUUCUAAUGGGAGACUGGAACAGAUCUGACUAAAACAGUUAUGUACAAUUUAUAUGGAAUCAUUUUAGAUCCCAUGCCCAAGACUUUACCGGAAUCUAUUGAUAAUUUCUUGUAUGAAUUAUCAAUAAGUGAAAGGAACAUUCAAUUCAGAUGUGUACAAAUGAAAGAACAGUAAAAAUUAAAAUUAUUUUUGUCAAGUUA